GGGCGUGGAAUGAAGUGACGACCUCUUCGAUCACAUGAUAGUGGCGCGGGCCGGAGUUAUACGGUUGCUUGGGGCGGGGGGCCCAAGGAGUCUGGCUGACAAUGAGUUUUCUUGGAAAUUUAUUUGGUCCCAUAUGUGAGAUUGAUGUUGUUCUGAAUGAUGCUGAAUCACGAAAAACAGCUGAAAUCAAAACAGAAGAUAACAAAAUAGAAAAACAUUACUUGUUCUAUGAUGGAGAAUCAGUUUCAGGAAAGGUAAACAUAGUCUUUAAACAACAUGGAAAGAGGCUAGAGCAUCAAGGAAUACGAAUUGAAUUCGUAGGGCAAAUUGAACUUUUCAAUGACAAGAGCAAUACUCAUGAAUUUGUAAACUUAGUGAAAGAGCUGGCCUUACCUGGUGAAUUAACACAAAGUAGAAGCUAUGACUUUGAAUUUAUGCAAGUUGAGAAACCAUAUGAAUCCUACAUUGGUGCCAAUGUUAGAUUGAGGUAUUUCCUUAAAGUGACGAUAGUAAGAAGAUUGUCAGACUUGAUCAAAGAAUACGAUCUUAUUGUUCACCAGCUUGCAACAUACCCAGAUGUUAACAACUCUAUUAAAAUGGAAGUUGGCAUUGAAGAUUGUCUGCAUAUAGAAUUUGAAUAUAACAAAUCCAAGUAUCACUUAAAGGAUGUGAUUGUUGGAAAAAUCUACUUCCUCUUAGUAAGAAUAAAAAUUCAACAUAUGGAAUUACAGCUGAUAAAAAAAGAAAUAACUGGAAUUGGACCCAGUACAACAACAGAAACGGAAACUAUUGCAAAAUAUGAAAUAAUGGAUGGUGCACCAGUUAAAGGUGAAUCUAUUCCCAUAAGACUCUUUUUGGCUGGCUAUGAUCCUACUCCCACAAUGAGAGAUGUAAACAAAAAAUUUUCUGUAAGAUACUUCUUGAACCUAGUGCUCGUAGAUGAAGAAGACAGACGAUACUUCAAGCAGCAGGAAAUCAUUCUCUGGAGAAAAGCUCCUGAGAAACUGAGGAAACAAAGAACCAACUUCCAUCAGCGGUUUGAAAGUCCAGAGCCACAGGCAUCUGCAGAACAGCCUGAAAUAUGAACUGGAUCUAUGGGAUGAAAAACUGGUAUAUCGGUAGAUCAGCAAAUUAAAAGUGGCAACAGCCUGUAGGAAAGAAAGGCCAAACACCCAUUACAACAGUCUUCCUCAUCUUACAGUGCUGCAUUUCCCCCACUACUAAAGCAUUCUUCAAGUAAAUAUUCAGUUCUGUACAUAAAUUUAAAGUAAGUGCUUUCUGAAACACUGGAACUUUCUUAAGCUAUUUUAUACUGCACAUUUUACUUUUGUCUGGUGUGAUGCAGUCAGAGCUGCAUAAAGCUUAAAGAAGUCUAGUUAUGUGUUUCCAUGCAUGUAGUAUGGUGCAUCUAAAUUUUGCUUUCAUUGAUGGUAAACUAAAGCAUUUCCUCUUUCUAUAUCCAACUACAUAUCAUACAUAUUUCCUCAAUGUCUGCUGUCUGUAACAUUGGAGACUUAAUAAAAAAAAUUGUCUUAAAAUGACAAAUUCAGGUUUUAUAAUGAUACUGUUGUCUUUACCCCAGGGAAGUAGAUAAUAUAUAUAAAAUACAAUGUAUUUGGAAUAGAUCUGAGAGCAUAUUACUGUUUUCAGAAUUUUUUGAGGAAUGUGUACAAACAAGCUUCUUUCAGAAUUAGCUUUUCAAGACAAGUGGCUGCAUUCUUUUUUCUUCCCCUUACUUAGCGUACUCAUUCCAAUGACUCUAUGAUCAGAUUCCAAUUCACUUCAAGAUUUAUAUGACCUGGGCUAAAA